ACUGUUCUCAUAGAUGAUGACGCGAAUGCACUGAGAAGCUAAGACAAAGCGCAGAAAAUGGUGGGAGCGACUGUGGUUAGUAAAUGGACUCUCUGUGUUACUUCGCCACCGGUAAGAAACUCGGCAAGUCUCAAUCCACACUGCCCUCUGGCCAGGGUUAACCUACGCACAGAGUUGGCCGCAUUUCGUCCUCAGUUCCGUCUCUUCUCGCGCGAUUCAUCGUCUCGCCGCCGUCUUCGCGCUUCCAGCUCCGCCGAAUCGGGAAUCUUCCUCCCUCACCUUGUAGCUUCUAUGGAGGAAGUUGAGGAGACUUACAUUAUGGUGAAACCUGAUGGCAUACAACGAGGCCUUGUAGGAGAAAUCAUCUCUCGCUUUGAGAAGAAGGGAUUUAAACUUAUUGGGCUCAAGAUGUUUCAGUGCCCUAAAGAAUUGGCUGAGGAGCAUUACAAGGACCUUAGUGCUAAAUCAUUCUUUCCUAACCUGAUUGAGUACAUCACUUCAGGCCCAGUUGUGUGUAUGGCUUGGGAAGGUGUUGGUGUUGUUGCUUCAGCCAGGAAGCUAAUAGGGAAAACGGAUCCUCUUCAAGCUGAACCUGGUACUAUAAGAGGCGAUCUUGCUGUGCAAACCGGAAGGAACAUUGUGCAUGGUAGUGAUAGUCCUGAAAACGGCAAGCGUGAGAUUGGUCUGUGGUUCAAAGAAGGCGAGCUAUGCGAGUGGGAUUUGGCUCUGGCUACAUGGCUAAGGGAGUGAUCAUUGAGGAGACCUUUCCAAUUACAAUGGACUUAUUACAGUACUUGUUUUCUUGUUACUGAUGAUGAGCUUUGGUUUUUUGUUCCUGAUUUUGGCGGUAAUAUAAAAACUGCCAAUUUGUGGCUUGAUUCUUCUCAUAUAUUUGAUCACUUUUCAUGUAAUCAAAACUAGUUAUAGAUUCAUCCACAUUUGGUUCAACGUCA